UUAAAAUAAAUCAAGUGAUUGAUAAUGCUCUAAGAAGUUUUUAGUUCCCAUCCUCAUACCACACGCUAACUUUCUUGUUGCAUACGGAUUGAGAUAUGUGUUUUUCUUCAGUAUUGAUUUUGAUUGUCUUUGCUAGCUUUCCUUCUGAGAUAACAGCUUAUCGCGACCAUAUCUUCAGACGUGAACUUCAGCUUAUCCUUACCUCGACGGUGCGAGCAGGACAGGUCUAGUCAUGUUGGAUUACAGUUGGUUGUUAUUUUGAGCAGUAUCUGCUUUUUAGCAUUCAUUUUUAUCAUGAGUCUGUUUGUGCUUUUUGACAUGCAUGAGAAUAGCAUAGUGAUUUCAGCUGAGCCUCAGUUGGAAACAGCCCUUUGUGCAAUUGAUAUGGCAUCAAGGCUCACAUAUUGAAAAAAUAUUAUGUACGAACCGAUGGUCAAUGUUCUGAAUACAUAAUAUGUGAUUGUAGUCGUGAACAGGUUACAUAACUUAUUGGUCUCUGUUACGCAACUUGAUUUGAUCAGCUCGUUUAUUGUAGUCUCGUAUAAACCAGAGUUUAUAAGAGAAAAAUCAAACAUUUGGUUUCUUGUGAACUUUGUCUAAGAAAUGUGAUAUGGUUGUCGUCAGUCGAGCAAACACGACGAGUUAUUUGGUGUGCAAACUUCACUUCUCGUCCAAAACAAAUACUGAUUUUACUAAAGUCGUAAUUUAAUUACUUAGUAAUUUUUUUCGCAGCUUUUGAUUUACUUUGAACGCCUUUAGAUCUGAUACCAGAUUGUUGUGGAGUUAUUUUGACAGCCGUACUUGAUUUAGAUAUUUAAUUUGACUACUCUCUCUCUCUCUCUCACACACACACACACAAAAAUGUUAAUUACUAUCACAAAACUUUGCAUUUUGUAAUUAUCAAAACAAUAAAUUAAAUAUCUUAUGAUUUCGAUAGUAUCUAAUUAGCAAUGUCUUACCAGGGUAGACGUACUGGAAUGUCUAAUGUGGAAGUGAACAUCGGGGGAAAGUUUGCAUACCGUCGAGAUCACAUCAUAGGACAUGGCUCAUUCGCAAUCGUGUUUAAAGGACGCACCCUCAAAGAGGAGUCGAAGAGACCGGUGGCUGUGAAACACAUCAACCAGAAGAAUAUCAGCAAGAACCCAAAGCUGCUGCAGCACGAGAUCCAGAUCCUGAAGGAACUCAAACAUGCCAAUAUUGUGCAGCUAUUUGACUGCUACCAGGACAAGUCUGGAAUCCACCUUGUCAUGGAGUGGUGCAAUGGAGGUGACCUCAUGGACUACUUACAGAAGAAAAAGACUCUGUCGGAGCCAGUGAUCCGAAUGUUCCUCAAACAGAUAGCAGCUGCCCUCAAACUCCUGGACGAAAAAUUAAUCGUGCAUCGAGACUUAAAACCUCAGAACCUCCUGUUGGCUUUUGACCCCGCUGUCAAGAGUCCAUUGCCUGAAGAUAUCCGGAUCAAAGUGGCGGAUUUUGGGUUCGCUAGACAUUUGGAAAUUGAUACGAUGGCGGCAACGUUAUGUGGGUCGCCUAUGUACAUGGCACCGGAGGUCAUGAUGCAUCUCGAAUAUGACUCACGCGCUGAUAUUUGGUCAGUGGGAACUAUUGUCUACCAGUGCUUGGUUGGCAAGGCCCCGUUUAUAUUCCCGAACCCACAGAAACUGAAGUCGUUUUAUGAGAACAAUCCAAACCUAAAGCCAAACAUUCCAGAGAAUGCAUCUCAGUCUCUCAGAUCACUGCUUCUGAUGAUCCUGAAACGAAACCAGGACGAACGAUGCACGUUCAAAGAGUUUUUUGCCCAUCCGUUUUUGAGCAGCGAUGCAACAUCCAGCCAAAUUCCUCAGCGUCACAGAAUAAACAUCCAGGGAAACACAGAUGCCUACCAGAUAUACAGCAAAACUGCGCCUCAAGAGAGACAGAUUGCUAUUGAAGACCAUUGGCCUAUCCGCAAUUCAGGGAGCCCUGUAUUGGGAGGUUUUGGAGGAGGAGGAGAUGCUCAUCAGUUGGGACAGAAUGUGAUCUUCACGUGUGGCCAGAGUCCGCCUUCUGGAACUUCGCCUCUGGCAGCUGGAGUGCAAAAUUUGAGGAUGAAGGAAUCCGAAUGUGAGGAGUCCGUCAGUGUUACUUCCAGUGGGGAAUCGGCAGAUCAAGUCAUAACUCAUGACGAAGAUGAGUAUGGACAGAAUAUGUCGUCUACUAUAACAAGUGACCUGGACACACCGGAGGGAUUUGUUCUUGUUCCAAGCAACAUUGAUCAGUUUGGUCGAGUCAUCAAAUCAUCCAGUCCCGAGCGGCCGCAGUUUCCACACGAGAGAACUCCAAGUAAUCCCAGUCCUCAAGCAACCAAACAGUUACAAACAGCAACAGCGGGGGAGAAUCCAUCAAAAUUCUAUGCAGCUACCCUAGGGCACACACCAGUGAAGUCGCCAUCGAGCAAUAAUCCCAGUGCACUUCAGAGGCCGCUUGGAAGUGUGAGUCCAAUCGACCGGCAUCGCAUUAUAACCGACUCGCAGGGGGUAAAGUUCAUCGUCGGGUCACCACCCCACAGUCCGGCACCUUCCCCGACCAUUGGAAACACGACUCCAGGGCAAAAUAUGGCACCGGUCUUCAACCGCGCGAAUUCGCUUUCUUCGAACAAGCAGUUUUUCUAUCCACAAGCAAAACAAACGUUUGAUGUGGUUUCACAAGGGUAUGGACCAGCACCGCCGGUAACUUUCGAAAACACAAAAGAAAUGAUGUUGAAAAACUCGGCUGAAAAAUCUAUUAAUCAGGGUGCGAAUGUCAGUAGAGAAAGGGGAGGUAAGAUGUGUACGAAUGUGGAUUUGCCAAGGGCUGUCACUUUUCACCAGCUGAACACAGACUACGGUGCACACCAUAAUAUGUAUGACCCGUUUGCGUUUACGAACUCUGCUAAUAAUGCAGCUGGACCUCUCGGACUCUCGCCGGCCUGUGGCAUGUUGGCUCCCAUAAGGAAUCUCAACAAUAACCCAGUAUUUGGGAUCCCGAGACAUCAAGAUGUGUAUAAUGCUAAUAAAAUCCACACAGAACCGAACCUUCUAGCUCUGGUUCCCGAAUCGAACUUCAGAGGAAAUUUCCAGGGACCUUCACAGCCCUUCCCAAGUGGCGGAGCCUUCAGUCUAAAAACCCAGCCUCGAUUUUGGUCUCAAGGUAUCGCCAAUACAAACCCUGACAGAUUUAACCAGAAAGCACCUCCCAGGUCGUUGACUAAGUUAAACGAGCACGAAAGAGCAGUGUCGACUCCAAAUUUCACACUUGCGAUGACGCAGGCGAAUUUUGGCGACAGACAACACUCCCCUAUCCACUCGAGUCCGAUGCGGAAACUGAGCAGCGAGUUGCUUCAUAUUGCAUACAGCCCAAGUCCGCCUCAUCGAAAGCACUCGAACUCUGAGGGAGGGAACCCGACAAACUCUCGAAGUAGUUUACAGAAAUCUGAAAUGGGAUACCAGCCUUCGUUGAACAUACACGAGCAGCUGUGCGACUCAAACUCGGAUUUGGCGAACGAAGUUCCGAUAAGUGUGUUUAGCGUGUCUCCAUCUAGUCAAAGAAGAAGAUCGCUGAGCAGUCUAAUUCGAGGCAGUUUCGACGGAAGUGACCUUGACCUCGCUGCAGUACCGCGUGAUCUAAGUGAUGUCAACAUUAUGACGGACAAGGAACGCGAACUGGCCGAGAACUUAACCAUGGCGCUGAGUAUUGCCCAGUGUUUGUUCAAGUUCGCUACCGCAAAUACGGACAUUCUACCCGAGAUACUGUCAGAAUCAGCUUCUGAUUAUUUGAAAGACAGAGACUGGGAUCUGGAUUUUCCCAUGGAGAUCAAUACCACCACCGAGAAAAUCAUGUUCCUUCUGCGAUCACUGGAAGUCAUUCGCAAUUGCGCAGACCAAGUAAAGGAAGCGCAACACGAAACCCAUUUUUCGCCAAAGACUAACCUCAUCUUACGCCAGUUGCAUGACACUUUCAGUACGAACUUGUGCAGCUUGCAAAAAAUGUGCAGUGAUAACCCAGAGUACAGUAACCUCAGUUUAAGCACUGACCAAUUGCGCAACUGUGCGAACGGAGUGAUCUACGCACAGGCGUUGCAGUCGUGCCGAGAAGCCGCGCUGGACGAGCAGAGUCACUGCUGGCGUCGGGCUUACUACAAUUACCGCAACGCACAGUUGCUGUUAAGCUGUCUGCUGCUGGACGCUGGAAUCGAGAACGACCGAUCGUUCAUAACAAGGGUGUUCCAAAUGGUGGAAUAUCGUCUGGAGUGCUGCCUUCAGAGCAAAAUUGCCGAGAAGCAAGAGUCUUCAAGUUAAUUCGAUUUUCUGCUUAGUUUAGUGCGAUGUUUUUGUGAAAUAAACAAUGAAUUUACUAGAUUAAGUAAAUAGUUCAUUGCAAGCAUCAGUGAAAAUGUGCUACACUUAAUUGAUUUGAAUGAAUACAAAAGCAAAUAAAAUUAUUUGGUGCUCAUCAUUCCUGGAAAAGUUAUAGAUAAUUGUUCUUUGAUCCAAUCCCACAGCGACAACAUAUUGUUGAUUCAAUAGAUGUUUGACUAUCCUAUGGACCAGAGUUGCAAUGCGCUGAAAGAUAUAGUCUAGCCGCUACCGCGAUAAAACGUGAGGCUAGGUCCAAAA